AUUAUAUUUAGCUUUUUCGAGAUGUAAAUUCAAAUAUUAUUUUUAAUAGUUGUAUGACAAAUGUAAUUUACUCUCACGAAAUGGAUGGUGCAUCAAUGAAUCAAUAUGAGAAACAGCUUUAUAGUGUGUUUAAAACUUUCGACGUAGAUAAUGAUGAAGCCUUAGACAGGUCAGCUGUUCUUGAACUUUGUGAUACGUUGCAGCUUGAAAACCGUGGUACCACCUUAGUCGACUCGCUAUUUGAGAAAAAGACAGAUCGAGUAACUUUCGCUCAAUUUCGGAACGGACUGCUGACCGUUCUUGGCAACGAAACCCCAUCAAAAUCAGAUCAAUUUGAAUCAUCAACAAACAUAACGUCUGCAAAUUCAAGCCAAGUAUCACCCACCCACAGCGACGAAGAUUCGUCCGGCCGAGAAGUAGCACCAAAGUUUGUCUUUGGGUCAAAAAAAUACGGUCGAAAAUCUCGACCACAACGUACCACUUCCGAGGAUUCACCCCGGCACAGAGGUUCCUCAGAAUCCAGACUUUGCGAACGAACAAAACAACGCAUGAAAUGUAAACGAAGUUCUUCUGCCAUGGAGAACAGAACCAGUUGCUAUUUAAAUGAAGAAACACUAGAUCUUGACCAUAAUAAAAGAGUAGAUAGGCAACAUGCGCUAUCUCUGUGUCACAGACUAAAUAUGAGCAGUGUAGAGCAGAAUUUAAUUGACCGCAUAUUUGAAUCAUCUUCUACUGACGAAUUGACAAUUGGAGAAUUCUUUGACAAGCUAAAUUCAAGUCUAACAACAUCAAUUGUUUCACUUAAUGAAAAUGAAAUGGACACGUGUAAUACUGAUGGCAGUUUAAUACCAGUCGAUACUAUUGUAGAGGCCUGGGAACAGGCUGGAGUACAGAAGCCAAGAAGAUUGCUAUUCGAGCUCGGCUUUGUAGCUACUGCGGUUCAGCCAGGCGAGUUAGAACAAGCUCUUGAUCAUGAACUGCGUGCUCUGAACAUAUCUUCUGAUAUGCAAAAUGCACAUUCAAUUUUACUUGCAGCAGCAAACAGCCUUGCCUGCCUUCGCUUGGAUAUUAUUAGGCAACAAUACGGAAUCGUCAAAGCUGAAAGAGACAAACUCCAUAUAGACUUGGGUGAAGCUAACAGGAGAGCUAGAAUGCUGGCACAGGAUGUUGAUGAAAACCAUGCUCGUAUAGAGGAGGAGCUCAAAACAAAUUUAAAAUUGAUGGAAGCAAAACAUGCUGAAGCAAUUAAAAUGUUGUCUUUAGAGGUUUCCUCUGAAAAGGAAAAGGCAGCAUCAGCAAAAAAAGCCUUUGGUGAAGAACUAGCAAAACAUACUGAAAUAGAAUCACGGUUGCAAAUGGAAAUAGAAAAUCUACAUAGCCGCAAUGAACAACUACAGGAAAAGGUAAGAGUUGCUGAAUCUCGUGCAAAUCAAGCCGAAAAGGAUAAAACUCGUUUAGUGGCAGAUAUACGGCAAGCUGAAGAAAAUGGGGCAGCAGCAGUAGAACGCGAACGAGCAUCGUCAGAAGAACUAGCAAUCCGCUUACAUGAAUUAAGGCUAGAAAACCAAAGGCUGCGUGAUAUCAAUGAUGAGUUGAACGCAGAGUUGGAAAACCCAAGUAAAAUAAAGAAUAGUGGAUGUGGAAUUGUCUCAACAUCAUGGCUGGACGAAUCAGGUCUAAAUGAUAUUCCAGUUUCACCAAAGAACUCUAUUGAUAUGGAGGUUAACAACCCUGUACAAUUUGCUAUCGACCAGGUAUUUGACCCCAGUACAUUAAUAACCAAGCUGCUUGACACUGUUGAGAGUAUACACAAAAUACCCUUGUUAAGGAAUGGAUCAUGUCAUUUUUGUGUCCUAAGAAAUAACAGUAUUAGAAAUCUCCUUGAUACGCUCAGGGAGUUGAGUAAGAAACCAGUUUCUGAAUGGUUAACUACCGAGAAAAUUAAUACAAGGACAGAAGUAGCUCUACAGACUGAAUCAGCAGAAACAGAAGAUACAGUGAAAAAUAAUUUACCUGAGCUUUCUCAGCAGCAUGAAAUUGAAAAACAGAACUUAACAGCUGUGAUCAGAGAACUCGAGACGAGCCUGGAACAAAUGAGGACAGAGUACGAGAAAUGUGAGGAGUAUUGGAGUAACAAGAUAGAAGAGGAGCGAGCCGCACACGCGGAGGAGCAGAAAGCUGGCGACGAACGUCUGGCAGAGCUGUGUCGGGAGAUCGCUGACUACGAGCAUCAGUUCGCGCGACUGCCCCCCAUCGACGAGCGAGCUAACCUGGAGCUGCAGGUGGCUCAGCUCGAGCAGGAGGUAGCCGACUACAGGGCUGAACGCGACGCUGAAGUCGCCGCCAAGGACGAAGAGCUCAAAGCACUGAAGAGUAAAGUAGAGGAACUAGAGCGGUCGUUAUCUAGCCGGCCUGCGCCUGCGCCCGUGCGCCCCGCGCCGACGCCGCGCCCGCCAAUGUUGCGGUGCGCGGAGCUAGAGGGACAGCUGCGCCGUCAGGCACAAGAUACGCAGCAGACGAUAGCGGGUUGCCAGUGUGCGGGCGCUUGCGGGUGGGCGUUGCGUGCGCGCGCGGUGCGGGCGGAGCGUGCGGCGCAGCGUCUACACGCGCGACUCGCCGCCACGGAUCUUAUUGUGAAGGAUCUAUUCAUCGAGAACUGCCGCCUGGCUCACCGACCACAUCGGCUUUGACCCGUCAUUACACCACUGCGAAUCACCGCCAUGUAAGGUAAAACUUUUUUAAUAAAACUGCAGUAAGUUACAUUAAAGCCAAGCGUGCGAAAAUGUAUCGUAUCGCUUGCAGUUUUGCAGGCUAGUUAUUCCGUCAAAUUAUCUUUAAUACGAUUCUCAAAGGCCUGUUUAUUUAUAGACUUAUAACAAGGCAUAAUAUUAUGAGAAAAAAAGCGUAAAUUAUUGCAUUUUUCAUAGGUUUUUUAUACAUGACAUACUAAUAAUGUAUGUCGGUAAGACUAAUGCACGAACGAAUGGAACAGCAGUUUGUUAGUAGAAAGUUAAUAAAUUUUGCAAAACUAUACUAAAUUGUAUUGAUUUUAUAACAUGACAAAAUUGUAAUAAUGACUGAUUAAGUUCAAGACUGAUUGUAUCAAUUUGCUGGUCGGAGACACAUUCUAUUUAUUAAUUGAACAAUAAAAUACGAUAAUUAUGUUAAAACGAUAAAACGACUAAUUAACGAUAAAGACACCAGCAUAGAAUAUCAAAAUACUCUAUAUAUUUUAGUAAUAAUUCAUAAUAGCAUAGCACUUAUUGUUUGUUGACAUGACAUGGCUCGAAAUAGCUUAACAGCUAGAUAACAUAUAGCUUAACUUAACCUCUAGACUCUAGAGUCUAGAGGAUAAGAUCUAGACUUUCAUUCGGUCUAACUAAUAUUGCAGAGCUCUUUCGCGUCACAUGCAAAUGUGCUAAGGGAAAGUGAUAUUUAAACAUUGAAAUAGUAAACAGUACCAUGUUCAAUUUCUGUCAUAUUCCUAGUCAAACGCAUGCAUCGAUGACCCCCAUAACUAUAGUUAAAUUGACUUUUCAAUUUAGCUCAUUAUAUUAAGACUGUAUUUAGUUAGGAAUGUUAGGAUGACCAUUGACCAUAGUAAGUGAAAUUUAUUACAAUGAUGUAUUGUGUGCCCACAUGGAAGCAAGAGUUGGGCGGUGUACAAUAUAGACUAGAGUACAUAUUAUGCAUAUUAUAUAUCUAAAAUGCCUUUAAGUUUUUGAAACACAUAUAAGUGCAGUCAUUUGAGGUUUUCAUCAAAGGUACGGUUUUUUAAUUUAAGAUAGAUCCAAGUAUCUAUUGAAUGUUCGAGUGAAAUACUUAUAAAAUAUUGAAAAUGUAAAAUACGUAGAUAUAUACCAUAAUAAAGACAUGAUCUAUAAUAAUAUAAUGUCGGAUUCAAUCCUGUACAAGUGCCUUUCAUUACUAUAAAAUAUAUUAUGUAUAUCAAUACAAUUAUUAUACUCUUUCAUAUUAUGCCAAGUUAAUAUUGGUCUAUGUACUCUGUUAAAAGGUGUUCAACGAAUAUUCCAUGUUUUUGUUAUUUUGCAAUUAAAAGUCCUAUCAACUCAAUUGUCAUAACGCAAUUCUAAAUGGAAUAGUUUGUUUUCGAGGAAUUUUUUCUUAAUGUUCCAACUACCGCAAUACUUUACUUAUUUAAAACUACUUCAGUAGUAGUCUUAACUAAUCUGGGUAUGUUAUUGUUUUAGUUUGAAAAGUAUAAUAUUAUUAGUACUCGAGUGUAAACCCCGUGUAUACUUCCGCUGUAGGCUAGUCUAAUAAUACACGAACUAAGUUUGAGUUGUAGACCAUUUGCAAACCCAUACAGUUAGUCGUCACUAAAAUAGGUAGGCGUUAAAUUGCCAAUUUUCAAUUUACAAAUGUGUUCGAUGCAGCCACCUUGUUACUAGAAAACCAAUUAGACGGCUAGCCCAUUCAUUAAAAUGGUAAUUUCGUUCUUCGACGUAAAAUCGUGCUAAGUAAAAUUCUUAUGACUGUCCUUUUUAAAACUUAUAAACGACCCAACUUUGAAUUAGUUAACUACCUAAUUUAACCAGAUAGUUUUAAAAUUAUUAUGUAUUUUUAACGCUAUAUCAACACUAUUGUUAAAUUAUGGCAAUACUUAUCAGAUGAUAAAAAUGCGCCUAUCUAUUUUUGUUACUGUUAGUGUUCAAUGAACUUGUAUAGACUGUAGAUACCUCUAAGUCUAGAUAGAGUAAUUGUGUAAUUCUAGGUUGAUUCGUACUGCGUAUAUUGUAGAUUUGUAGAUGUUAGAUGUUUUCUCUCAGCACACAAGAUGCACCUGUUUUGUGUCGCACUGCAAGAGUUCUGUAUUAAGUAGAAUAAUCAAAUCGUUUGAGUUCUCAUCCAUUAAUUUUAAUAGAGGUCUAGAGCUUUAAAUGCGCAUAAUUCAUUUAUCAUCGUAAUAUUCUAUAAAGUCUGCCAUGUAUUGGCAAAAAUUUGGAUCGAUUUUGCCGAGCAAUAUCAACUGAUUCUGAUGGGCUUGAUAAAAAUACAAGAUAUUAAAAAAACUUGUUUUAACAAGUAUUUUGUCAAAAAAGGUAUGCAGUUGCAAUUGUUUUAAAAUAAUGCCUAAGAAUUAUUAUAUUCGCUUUAUGAGCUUGUGCUUGGCCUACGACAUAAUAUUAGCGUUUAUUCUUGACGUACGACGUAAAAAUAAAUUAAUACUAGACCAAUAUAGGUGAUUUCUUGCCUCGGUAAUGCUUGCUUAAUGUAUAAUUACAUAUAUGUCUUAGCCAUCUAGUUGAAAUGGCCAGCUAAACUGAAAAUCAAACUCGUAUCAUAAUCUAAUCCAGUUG